ACAAACAUAAAUUUAUUAUUAAACUAUAGUUAAUUGUUUAAAACACUUUCAAAAUUAUUCAAUUAAACUAAAUUUAUUACUUAUUUUAUCAUCUAUUUAUUAUUUUCUGAUUCAAUUUACUGGUCUACAGAAAUAUUGAAAUGCCAGAAAUAGUCAAAGAUAUGGAUUGGCAAUUUGGAGUGACUGCUGCCUGCAGUAACAAAGAGCAAGUUGGCAAGACCUUCUUCUACCUCAAACUGAAUGUCGAAUCGGAAGAUGGAAGUCAAAGAGCUGUACACAUGGAAAUGAGUUUAUCCCAGUUCUACAGCUUCCUACAUCAGUUGGAAAAGGCGAAAAAUAGCUUGGACUUUUUACCGUGACAGUAUAAUAAGUUAUUCUCAUUGAAAGAACAACAUCGAGUCCUUUCAAAGCUUGACCGCAUUGGUUUUCGGAAUUAUGAAAAAGAUAGGCCUACUGUGAGUAUUUUACCAUCAUUAUUGUAAAUACAUGCUACAAUGCGAAUCGUAGUACAGCUCAAUCAUUAGGUACUGUAUUAAGCAGAAGAAUAACAUUUACUGUGCUAUAUUAGUAAUUUUUUCAGUAAUUAAUUCUUGAGAAAACCACCAAGUAAAUGGAAGUCAUUCCAAAUUAAGUUAUUGUGAGAUCGUAUCGUAUCCCAUUUAUUUAUUUAUUUUAUUUAUCACAUUGUUUACAAAUACUUAACAUGAGGAAAGGCACAACAGGCUCAUGCCCAAAACUUUCCCAUUUCCAAUUUAUACCAUACUGUCCAAAUCAAAAUGUUGGUUAUGUCACUUUCACUUUUCAAAAUACAGUUUACGCUCUUCAAUACUUAGGUAAACAAGUAUAUUUUAAAUCAAAUAAUUGAAGUACCACGCAAAUUUAUGAAUCAUUAUGCGUAUUGACAUUAUUCAAAUAAAUUAUUACUAAAAGUAAUCAAUUAUAAAAUAUUGAAUAUUCUUUAUAAGAUUCUAAAAGUUACAUUCCAUAGGAAAACUUACAAAUUAUUAUUUAUUAAUUAUUAUUAAACGAAAAUCCCAAUUAGAUUCUGUAAAUCACCCCGAAGACUUCUGCGGAGUCAUAUUGCCUUAAAUCUCUAUUAUAAAUUAUUAGCUCAACAUUUAGUUGAAUUGAUAUUUUAAAAAUAUCUCACUGAUCUCUGUGAAAAUAUUGAAUUAUAUCUUGAGUUGAUAUAAAAACCGCUCUACACACUG